UCUUGCUCGGGACAGUUGGGCACUCCCUUCGCUACUAGAGGGGAACAGGAUAUUAUUGAUGUGCUUCAUGACAUGGAAGACAGGAACCUGAAGGAAUAAUAUUGUGUUCAAUAGAUGUUAAUAUUUUAUUAGAAGUUGAUUCUGGUAAAAUCGGACUAACGCAUCCCAUUGCACCCUCCAUCAUCCAUCCAUCAUGAGUUCCCGGGUUGUGAACAGGAAAGGAGGGCUGCGGUACUGCCACCACUUCCUCACAGACAACAGCAUCUUUCAUGUGGAGCGAUGUAUGAGUGCCAUGCAGUCGGGGACACAGAUGGUGAAGUUGAAGGCUGGUUCCAAGGGGCUGGUGAGACUGUUCUACCUGGACGAACAUCGCUCAUGCAUCCGAUGGAGACCCUCACGCAAGAGCGAGAAGGCCAAGAUCACUAUUGAUUCGCUGUACAAGGUGACGGAGGGCCGUCAGUCAGACAUCUUCCACCGCCAUGCGGAGAACAGUUUCGACCCGGCCUGCUGUUUCACCGUUUAUCAUGGCAACCACAUGGAGUCCCUGGACCUGGUGACCUCUAACACUGAGGAGGCUCGGACCUGGGUGACAGGACUACAAUACCUGAUGGCUGGCAUCAGUGACGAGGACUCACUGGCCAAACGACAACGGACACAUGACCAGUGGAUGAAGCAGACGUUUGAGGAGGCUGAUAAGAACGGGGAUGGUCUGUUGAACAUGGAGGAGAUCUACCAGCUACUGCACAAGAUGAACGUCAACCUGCCCCGCAGGAAGGUCAAACACAUGUUCCAGGAAGCGGACUCGGAUGACCAACAGGGCACGUUGACAUUUGAGGAGUUCAGUGUGUUUUAUAAGAUGAUGUCUCUGCGGCGGGACCUGUAUCUGCUGCUCAUGGGAUACAGCGACAGGAAGGACCACCUGACUGCCGUCGAGCUGGCCAACUUCCUGCUCAACGAACAGAAGAUGGUGAAUGUGACUACAGAGUACUGUCUGGAUGUCAUUGAAAAGUUUGAGCUGUCUGAAGAGAACAAACAGAAAGGCAUUCUGGGAAUUGAGGGUUUCACCAGUUUCAUGCGCAGCCCCACGUGUGAUGUGUUUAACCCUGAACACCAUGAGGUGAACCAGGACAUGGAUCAGCCUCUGAGUAGCUACUACAUCUCCUCGUCUCAUAACACCUACCUGACGGGAGACCAGCUGCUGUCUCACUCCAAGACAGACAUGUACGCCUGGGUACUACAGGCUGGCUGCCGCUGUGUGGAGGUGGACUGUUGGGAUGGUCCUGAUGGAGAGCCCAUGGUUCAGCAUGGUUACACUCUGACCUCCAAGAUCACCUUCAAGUCUGUCAUAGAGACCAUCGAAAAAUACGCCUUCAUCAGCAACCAGUACCCAGUGAUCCUGUCCAUAGAGAACCAUUGUAGCAUCCAACAACAGAAGAAGAUAGCCCAGCACCUCAGAGAGAUCCUGGGAGACAAGCUGGACCUGGGAGAGGCCCUCCGCAGAGACUCUAUACAGCUACCCAGCCCCCACUCUCUACAGGGGAAGAUACUCAUCAAGGGGAAGCGUCUCCCUCCCUACCUGUCUGUGGAUGUUGAGGAGGGGGAGGUGUCAGAUGAUGACGACAGUGCUGAUGAGAUUGACGACAACUUCAAACUGAAGUACAGCAAUAGUAAUGGUAACCACCAAGUGGAAAGUUACAUCAGGAAGAAGUUGGACUCUCUGUUGAAGGAGUCUCAGAUUGGAGACAAGGAGGACACAGACAGCUCCAGCAUCAGUGCCCUGCUCAGAGCCACACACGUGGGCCUGCAGAAGAACGUACCGAAUCCCAAAGAGGGAUUUAAAAAAUCCCAAAGUCGAUCAUUCAUCAGCAACAUCAAGCAAAAGAGACACUCUAAAUCCAGGCUGAAGUCCCAGAGUACCGAUGGAGAGGAGGAAGGACAGGAGACCUCUGGGAAAGAGGCGGGAGGACAGAUCACCAGGGGAGGGAGGAACAGGAAGACGAUGAAGCUGAGUAGAGAUCUGUCAGACCUGGUUGUUUUCACUAACUCUGUGGCCUCUCAGGAGGGACUGGACGACAGUACUCCUGGGAAUGUUCUGUCGUUCAGUGAGACUCGUGCCCAGCAGCUAGUGAACCACAGAGCUGAGCGCUUCCUGUGUUUCAACCAGCGACAGCUGUCUAGAAUCUACCCCUCAGCCUACCGUAUAGACUCGUCCAACUUCAACCCUCAGCUCUACUGGAAUGUGGGCUGUCAGCUGGUGGCUCUGAACUACCAGACAGAGGGUCGGAUGAUGCAGCUGAACAGAGCCAAGUUCAUGGUGAACGGUGACUGUGGCUAUGCCCUCAAACCUCCACCCAUGUGUAAAGGCUCGUUCAACCCGUUCAGUGACGACCCCCUCCCUGCCUACCCCAAGAAACAGCUGGUGUUGAAGAUCAUCAGUGGACAGCAGCUUCCCAAACCACCAGACUCUAUGUUGGGGGACCGAGGAGAGAUCAUUGACCCGUUUGUAGAGGUGGAGAUCAUCGGCCUGCCAGUGGACUGCUGCAAGGAGCAGACUCGAGUAGUGGACGACAACGGUUUUAACCCUGUGUGGGAAGAGAACCUGUCCUUUACCCUCCACAUGGCGGAGGUUGCUCUGGUGCGUUUCCUCGUCUGGGACCAUGACCCCAUCGGACGAGACUUUGUGGGCCAGAGGUCUCUGUCUCUCUCCCUUUCUCUCUCUUCAGGUUAUAGACAUGUGUACUUGGAGGGGUUGACUGAGGCGUCAAUCUUUAUCCACGUAUCAGUUCAUGACAUCUAUGGGAAGGGUCGUCAGCUGCGAGGCAUCAGGGGCUUAUUUAACAGGCCCUCUAAGUCGUCAGUAGACACCAGCUGUAGUUCGGCCCUCAGGAAACGCUCCAUCAGUGACCACCUCCUCCGACGCACCGCCAGCGCCCCCGCCAACCGUCGCAAGAAAACCAAGAUGAAGCUCGCUGAGUCCUCCACCUCCAUAUCGGACCGCAAGGCCUCCAUAUCAGACGGCAAGGACAGAGUGUGGGCCGGGGCAGGGGCUGGGGGGGAGGGGUCCCAGAACAGGGAAAGGGACAGGGAGGGGGUAAUGGUGGAGAGACGCCCAACACCCCUCACCCACAGGCCCAUCUCCAUGCCCCUGGAGAGGCUACUGCAGGGACAGCUCUCCCUCUGCUCCCCCGACCAGGAGCAGACUGACCUGGGUGCAGACACACUCAUUGGAACGUCCCCCUUUAACCAGCCCAGGUCCCACUCUGUGGAACUCGUCGUCGAAUCAUCCGCCUCCCUUGAGCACAAAGUGUUCACCCCUUCCAUCAAUCACAACAACGCACAGGAUAACACCACAGGGUCUGACCAAUCAGAUGAGACCUCCUACCUGGUCAUUGGCCGAGGAGGAGGAACUGUAGAUGGUGACUCCAAAGACCAAUCACAAGACAGAGUCAACCCACCCAGCAAAGCUGAGGACGUUUCUUCUCGCCAAAGGACAUUGUGUCACCUCAGCAGCUCAACAGAGACAGAGAGCAACUGUUUACACGUACCAAGUGAGAGCAGACCAGAGACAACAUUACUUAGUACAACAAACACAGCAACUUCCUCCUCUCCUUCCUCUGAGCUCCCCAUCUCCCUACUGAAUGUGGACCGGUCCGAUCUGCAGAGCCCCGUCCCCCUACAGGACAGCAUCAUCUCACAUCUCAUUGACGCCGUCCUCAGCAACGAUACCACCUACGGGUCUAUUUCCGCUCUGAUUGGUCAGUUUGACCUCACCGGCGACCAGAAUGAUUUCACAAUGAACUCUGACCCCCACACCCUCAGUGUCAUGUCCUGUCUGUCCGAUCCUGCUGUCUGGGACUCCAGCACACCCUAUAAGGUUACCAUAGACUAUACCACCCGAUAUAAAGACCCACACACCAUCUCCUCCCCCCGCAAGACAAUGAACGGACCUAUCACUCCUCGAAAAGCAAGCCAGACCCCUAACCACGCGAACCAGAAUCUACUCUCACCCCACCCCAAAACCUCCCACACAGACCCCAGUGCCCCUCUUCUCUUCUCCAGUCCUGAGACCACGGAGCUGGAGGUCUAUACCAUCCUGGAUGAGGAGGUCUUGUCUCCAGUCUCUGUCUACAACCUGAAGAAGCAGACCAUCGGCAACAUCCAGGCUGACUCUGAGGAGAGCACACCCAUGGGAAGCCUGGAGCCUUCCCCAGCCAAGGUGCCUCCUCUCCUGGGGGUAGAAGGCAAUGGCAGCUGGGUGGGCUCACGGAGGGGUGUGGUGGAGGAGGAAGUAGAGGGCUACGGGGGUGAAUGUGAUCCUAAAAGGUUGGGGUCAGUGGGAGAGUGGGGGUUGUCGUGGGGUUACACGUGCCCGUCCAACAACAGUACAGUGUCUGACCAAUUCCUGUUGUGCCAUGACACGGAAGGAAGUAGUCUGAUGGAGGUGGAAAUUAACGUGGACGAGGAUCCACUGGAGAUGACCCUGACAUUACCGGGACACAACCAUACCUGGGUCGCUACCAGCCCAACCAAAUGCUACGCUGCUCCUCAACUCCAGCUCUCCCAAUGUCCUUCACCCGUCAAACAGCCCGCACACCAGCCCUCCCCUCGCCAAGCCCCAUUGACAAACCCUCAAACUCAGCCCUCCCCUGCAAAGGGCCCCCCAACCCCAGCCCCCUCCUCCUGAACAGCCAUCCUUCCACUCAUAGCAGACACAUUACCAGAGCCUUCACCCAGCAGCACAGUUACAGUGGUCCCACCCAGCCCCAGACCAGGAG